UACAUCGCUUUCAAGGACGCAACCAGAAAAGAGAUCUUCAACACAUUUUCAGAGAAGUGCGCCGUGGAGUACAACAAAGACAGAAGUAAGUACGACUUCCAUUUUAUCGGAGGUUGUCCUGUGCCUAAACAACAUUUGGUUGAAGCAACGUAUGUCGAUAUCACUGAUGAAGAUGCGAAGAACAUCCAAGAGAAGAUGAAGAGCUCAAUUGCGUUGAACAGUCACUUCGAGGCACUUACCACAGAUGAUACAGAGGCUUAUAUACUCGAUUUGUCUUCUAUGAAACAUACGCCAGGAUGGACGGCAAGAACUUUAAUACACCAACAAUUCACAACGAUCCAUUGUAUCCGUCCGACUCACUCAUUCACAAUUAAGGUCGUCCACAAAGAACUCCCCCUCGACGGGAUGUCUGGGUGGUUCACAGUGAAGUCAACUGGUAAAAUAGUCCCACAAGUACAUCAUUUGGCAGAGUCAAUGAAUCCCGAGAUGUUAGCGACACAAGCCGUCGAGUUAAAUCUUCAAUUGAUGAAGUGGCAAUUAUUCAAAUCCCUUGAUUUGGAGAUGUUAAAACAGACAAAGUGUUUGUUGAUUGGAGCUGGGACACUGGGGUGUAAUGUCUCGCGAGUGUUAAUGGGAUGGGGUGUGCAGUACAUUACGUUUGUCGACAAUGGCACUAUUUCAUAUUCAAAUCCCGUCAGACAGAGUUUGUAUAACUUCAACGACUGCGUACAAAAGCGAUACAAGUCCGAACGAGCAGCAGAGAGUUUGAAAGAAGUGUUUCCGGGGAUGCAGAGUCGGGGAGUUGUGAUGUCGAUACCAAUGCCUGGACACCCUAUUGGAGAAAAAGAAAUUGAGGGUACUCGAAAAGAUAUACAGAGCUUAGACAAGUUAGUUCAAGAGAAUGAUGUGGUGUUUUUACUUGGAGAUUCAAGAGAGUGUCGAUGGUUGCCGUCCAUGUUAAGUUCUGUGUACAACAAGUUGUGUAUCACUGUUGGACUUGGGUUCGACUCCUUUGUUGUGAUGCGACAUGGAGACCAAGAAAUUGAAGAGAAGCGCCCGUCGUGUUACUUCUGCGCAGACAUUGUUGCGCCAACAGACUCGUUGUCACGUAGAACUUUGGACCAACAGUGUACAGUCACUCGACCUGGUAUAUCGUAUGUUGCUGCGGCUAUGGCUGUAGAAAUGAUGGUCGGUAUAUUACACCACCCACUCAAAAAUAAGGCACCAAGUUCAGGGAAUGGACACAUCCCACAUCAACUCAGAGGAUUCUUGAAUACGUGGAAUAUAGAGGAAGGUGUUGGGUGUGCUUAUUCGAAGUGCAUUGCGUGCUCAAAGAAGAUUGUGGAGGAAUACAAACAGAGAGGGAGCGAUAUGGUUCUUGAGGCUAUUAACUGCCCAAAAUCGUUGGAAGUCAUUGCAGGAAUACCAGAGGUUGGGGAUAAGGAAAUCGAGAUUUUGACGGAUUCGGAAGAUAUUUGA